UUUGGGGUUGUAGUCCGCCAUAAACCCCACAGAAGAAGAAGGACGACGACGUGACGUCACUGUUUACAUCUAAAGGCCCUUUCUCUUCCUCAUAGUGUGAGGAAAAAGAGCUACCAAAAAUGACAACAGCCGCGAGACCAACGUUUGAGCCAGCGAGAGGAGGGAGAGGGAAGGGAGAGGGCGAUCUCAGUGCCUUGUCCAAACAGUACUCAAGCCGAGAUCUGCCUGGUCACACAAAGAUCAAAUACAGACAGCCCACCCAGGAUGCCCCCGAGGAGGUGCGUGCCCGUGACUUCCGCAGAGAGCUGGAGGAGAGGGAGCGUGUUGCUGUCCGGGAGAAGACCAGAGAGAGGGGACCUAGAGAACACACCACAUCUUCAUCCUCGUCCUCAAAGAGGCCCAGACUAGAUCAGAUUCCUGCUGCCAACCUUGAUGCAGACGACCCCCUCACUGACGAUGAUGAGGAAGAUGAUGACUCUGAGGACAGUGAUGAUGAUGACACUGCAGCUCUGCUGGCUGAACUGGAAAAGAUCAAGAAGGAGCGGGCUGAGGAGCAGGAACGCAAGGAGCGGGAGCAGAAAGCUGAGGAGGAGAGGAUCCGCAUGGAGAACAUCCUGAGUGGGAAUCCUCUGCUCAACCUGGCAGGACAGCAGCAGCAGCAGCAGCAACAGAUAGUCCCCACCCCGACUGCCUUCAGCGUCAAGCGGAGGUGGGACGAUGAUGUAGUGUUCAAGAAUUGUGCAAAGGGAGUGGAUGAGGCACGCAGGGAGAAACGCUUCGUCAACGACACUCUGCGCUCCGAGUUCCACAAGAAAUUCAUGGAGAAAUAUGUGAAGUAGAACUUAGAACUCUGCUUUGAAGGUGUUUCAUUUCACUCGGCUCUGCUCUGUUUCCAGUUCAUCACUGACUGAUAGGGAUUCGUCUGAAAUCAUUGAAAGAACCUGAAGAAUGGAGGGACCCCCAUGUACCGAAUCCUCUGUAUAUAAAUGAAUCUAAUGCUUGACAUAAACAGAUUAACUAAUUUUGUUUAGUGUUAACAUUUUCUAUCCUUGAAAUUAAUGGUUGCAAUUGCGACAUCGUCAACUUUGUUAUUUUGCUUUUAGCCUUUUUUUUUAAAGCGAUGUUAAUAAAACAAUAAAUAAAACCUGUCUGUGAGAGGGC